CGCGUUAACCCUAUCAAAGAAGACCCAUACAGCGAUAAACAUGGCUGAUACAAAGGGAGCAGAUGAAACUACUCCAGGAGUUUUGCAGGAAAUGUUCACGUCUCCGUUGAAUUUGAGUCUACUUGGCCUCUGCAUAUUUCUUUUGUACAAAAUCUUCCGCGGAGACACGCCUGCAGAUAUGGGCGAGGUUGAGGAACCUCUGCCUAAAUUCAAGAAAAGAGAUUUCACGUUAGCGGAGCUACAACCGUACGAUGGCCUGCAAAAUCCAAGAAUUCUUAUGUCUGUCAAUUCGAAGGUGUUCGAUGUUACCAGAGGAAAGACAUUCUACGGGCCAGAGGGUCCUUAUGGAGUGUUUGCUGGCAAAGAUGCCUCCAGGGGCCUGGCCACCUUCUGUCUGGAGAAAGAGGCCCUGAAAGAGACCUACGACGACCUCUCUGACCUCAACGCCAUGCAACAGGAAAGCCUCAAUGAAUGGGAGACCCAGUUCACUCAAAAGUAUGACUACGUUGGGAAACUUCUGAAACCUGGAGAAGAACCCACAGAGUACACGGAUGACGAGGAGGUCAAGGACAAAAAAAUGGACUAGAACUCACGAGUGCACAAGGGAAAAUACAGAUGCCUUAAUUUUUCAGGAUAAUGUUAUGCAUAUUGCCUUGUGUGGCAGCCAUUGAGCGAAAUGCUUUCUCCUGUAUGGUUUUUGUAUUAUGUCAUUGUCAUGGACCACCUCUUAUGCUAAUUUCAUAUGCCAUUGACCUUCAUUAACCUAAAAUACACUUGAUUUUGGUAAAGGUUAGAAUAAUUAUUGAAUAAGGUACUGUCUUUGAAGUUAUACAGGUAGUAUUAGUUGUAAUGUAGAGGCUGUUGGAGGCUCUAUUACUGUAGCUCAGUGUUCAUUCUGGCUCUCUUCUAGAUGGUAAUUUUGACUAAAACAUUGUCUUAGUCUCGUUUUUGUCAUUUGUAUAAUCAUUAAGUCUUGUUAUUGUCAAUUAUAGAAACAGUGUGCCAUUUUAGUCAACUAAAUGCUCUUUCAUUUUAGUCACAUCACAUUUGUAUUGCCUCAACCUAUAGUAAACAUAAAUAACUGACUUCCAUGUGUACAAAUCUAUUUAGCCUUGUCCUACCAACGUAGUUUUCUGCAUAACAUAUUCCCAACAGCAAAAAUAUGACUAAUAUAUGUAACAGUUAUCUGGGUGUGUAAAUUCCAAAUUGAGCCUACAUGAUAUUGAGCAUUGCAUGCAAAACAGACACACACAAGCGCAGAGAGAGUGU